AUGGCUAUUUUGAACGUGAGUUUGAGAGGCACUGCUGCUUCUACUUCAUCAUCCUCUCUGCCCUCUUGGCCACACCUGUCAAAUUCAGUCCCUUUCUCUCUCUCUAAGAAACCAGUGAUAGCCAAAUUUCCAAACACCACCAUACUAUCUCCUCCUAAGCUUCGACUUCAAGCUUCUUUUGGAAAGAAAACCAGAGCUUCACUCUCUGCAACUAUGGCAACUGGUGGGCAAGAGGUUCUGCCACCAGCUCUCACUUCUACCUCAGACCCACCUACACUCUUCGAUGGGAAAACAAGGUUGUAUAUAUCUUACCAAUGCCCAUAUGCACAGCGUGCGUGGAUUGCCCGGAACUGUAAGGGACUGGAGGAAAAUAUACAAUUGGUUCCUAUCGAUCUGCAAGACAGGCCUGCUUGGUACAAGGAGAAAGUCUACCCACCUAACAAGGUGCCGUCACUGGAACACAAUAACGAAGUCAAAGGAGAGAGUCUUGAUUUGAUUAGAUAUAUUGACAGUCACUUUGAAGGGCCUUCACUGUUCCCUGAUGAUCCUGCAAAGAGAGAGUUUGCAGAAGAGUUGCUGUCCUACACAGACUCCUUCAAUAAAUCUGUGUUUACUUCAUUUAAAGAGGACAGAACCGAGGCAGCUGGUGCUGCAUUUGACUAUAUUGAAACUGCUCUUUCCAAAUUUGAAGAUGGACCUUUCUUUCUUGGCACUUUCAGUCUGGUGGAUAUAGCUUAUGCUCCAUUCCUUGAAAGAUUUCAGCCUUUCUCACUGGAAGUGAAGAAGUAUGACAUCACUGCAGGCAGACCUAAACUGGCAGCAUGGUUUGAGGAGAUGAACAAAAAUUUAGCUUACAAAAAAACCCGGCGUGAUCCCAAAGAGCUCGUUGAAAGCUACAAGAGACGCUUUUUGGCACAGAAAUGA